CAGACGAAGACAAACAACAACAACCAUCUCCUUCUAUCCACUUGACCGACAACCAGCUACAUUCUAAUCGUCUAUCUAUUAUGCGUUCAAAGUUCAAGGACGAGCACCCCUUUGAGAAGAGAAAGGCGGAAGCCGAGCGAAUCAGGCAGAAGUAUGUCGACCGUAUUCCAGUAAUCUGCGAGAAGGUGGAGAAGUCAGAUAUCGCGACGAUCGACAAGAAGAAGUACCUCGUACCGGCUGAUCUCACUGUGGGUCAGUUCGUCUACGUAAUCCGUAAGCGCAUCAAGCUUUCUCCUGAGAAGGCAAUCUUCAUCUUUGUCGAUGAAGUGUUGCCUCCAACAGCCGCUCUUAUGAGCGCCAUCUACGAGGAGCACAAGGACGAAGAUGGCUUCCUGUACAUCACGUACUCUGGGGAAAACACCUUUGGUUUUGAGGAGCUCUGAGCGAAGUUCUCUGAUGACUCGACGUCCUGGUGUAGUGUCUUUCCUGUUCUUUUAUUGCUGUCUGUUUGGAGUAUGAGUCUCUCGGUGCUCGGUUACUUGGCUUUGCGGUGUUUUGUCUGGCUUUUGUUACGGUCGUAU